UUAUUCAGAUAUUCUCAUUGAAAGGGAGGUGUUAAUGCAGAAGUACAUUCAUCUUGUCCAGAUUGUAGAGACUGAAAAGAUUGCAGCCAAUCAGCUUCGACAUCAGCUUGAAGAUCAAGACACAGAAAUUGAAAGACUUAAAUCUGAGAUUAUAGCUCUCAAUAAAACAAAAGAAAGAAUGCGACCUUAUCAAGGCAACCAGGAAGAUGAUGAUCCUGAUAUUAAAAAAAUUAAAAAGGUCCAGAGCUUUAUGCGGGGCUGGCUAUGUAGGAGAAAAUGGAAGACUAUUGUCCAAGAUUAUAUUUGUUCUCCCCAUGCAGAAAGUAUGAGAAAAAGGAAUCAGAUAGUUUUUAACAUGGUGGAGGCUGAAUCUGAAUAUGUGCAUCAGCUCUAUGUUCUUGUGAAUUGCUUUCUGCGGCCCUUAAGAAUGGCUGCAAGUUCAAAGAAGCCACCUAUCAGUCACGAUGAUGUUAGUAGCAUUUUCCUCAACAGUGAAACAAUCAUGUUUCUUCAUGAGAUAUUUCACCAAGGCUUAAAAGCAAGAAUAGCUAAUUGGCCUACCUUAAUCCUUGCUGACUUAUUUGACAUUCUGCUGCCAAUGCUGAACAUAUAUCAAGAAUUUGUUCGGAAUCAUCAAUAUAGUCUACAAGUACUGGCAAACUGUAAGCAAAACAGAGACUUUGACAAACUCUUGAAGCAGUAUGAAGCCAACCCAGCUUGUGAGGGGCGAAUGCUGGAAACUUUCCUUACUUACCCCAUGUUUCAGAUUCCGAGAUACAUUAUAACACUUCAUGAACUUCUGGCUCACACACCACAUGAACAUAUUGAGCGAAAAAGCCUUGAAUUUGCUAAAUCUAAACUAGAAGAACUUUCAAGGGUGAUGCAUGAUGAAGUGAGUGACACAGAAAACAUCCGGAAGAAUCUCGCCAUAGAAAGAAUGAUAGUAGAAGGCUGUGAUAUACUACUAGAUACCAGCCAAACUUUCAUACGCCAAGGUUCCCUCAUUCAAGUCCCUUCAGUUGAGAGGGGAAAACUUAGUAAAGUUCGCCUGGGAUCAUUAUCUUUGAAGAAAGAAGGAGAAAGACAGUGCUUCUUAUUUACAAAACAUUUUUUAAUUUGUACAAGAAGUUCAGGAGGAAAACUGCAUCUUCUCAAGACAGGAGGUGUUCUGUCUUUAAUGGAGUGCACACUGAUUGAGGAGACAGAAACGGGUGAUGAUGAUUCAAAAAGUUCUGGACAAGUGUUUGGACACCUUGAUUUCAAGCUUGUAGUUGAACCUAUGGAUGCUCCUCCCUUUACUGUUGUCCUUUUAGCCCCAUCACAACAGGAGAAAGCUGCAUGGACGAGUGAUAUAAGUCAG